AUGCCUCGUGCCAGCGCAAUACCUCGUCGCCACUCCACAACUUCGUUCACUGGCAAUGAUUCGGGCACCGAGAGCUGCUCAACGGUUGGGGCAACUCCACCGUCCGACGAGGCGAGCGACACGUUCCUAAUGUCCCAGGGACGUAAUUCCGACCUCAUUCGCCUAAACCUUCAAUUAGCAACACACACGCAACUCCUGAUCCUCAAACGAGGCGUGGGCCGUUUGACGGGCAGGCUGCAGUCUUGA